UCCCCACAUCAUUUGAUCACCCACAAGAAGAGAAGUAGAAGCAAACAAGUAGCAAGUUGGCAACUCUCUUAUAUCACUUGUAACGAAGUGCAGCAAAGGAAUUACUUACAUGGCGAUUUCCAUGGGUUGCUUGGUGGUGCUCUGUGUUGUCUGUCCUCUCCUCCUUGCAGGUGCUGUCCGUGCCAAUCCAUGGUACGGCUUGUUCCCACAGUUCUACGACCAAUCGUGCCCAAAGGCAAAGGAGAUUGUGCAAUCCAUCGUGGCACAGGCUGUUGCCCAAGAGACCAGGAUGGCAGCAUCCUUGGUCAGGCUGCAUUUCCAUGACUGCUUUGUCAAGGGGUGUGAUGCAUCCGUGCUGCUGGACAAUAGCAGCAGCAUAGUCAGCGAGAAGGGUUCCAAUCCCAAUCUAAACUCCCUCCGGGGGUUCGAGGUCGUCGACCAAAUCAAGGUCGCCCUUGAGAUGGCCUGCCCCGGCACCGUCUCCUGUGCUGACAUCCUUGCCCUCGCCGCCCGUGACUCCACUGUCCUCGUUGGUGGCCCAUACUGGGACGUGCCACUCGGCCGGAGGGACUCUCUUGGCGCGAGCAUCCAGGGCUCCAACAAUGACCUCCCUGCCCCCAACAAUACCCUCCCCACCAUCAUCACCAAGUUCAAGCGCCUUGGCCUCAACAUCGUGGAUGUCGUCGCCCUCUCAGGUGGCCACACCAUCGGCAUGUCCCGAUGCACCAGCUUUCGGCAGAGGCUGUACAACCAGUCGGGCAACGGCAGGGCCGACGGCACACUGGAUGUGUCCUACGCGGCACAACUGAGGCAGGGGUGCCCCCGCUCUGGCGGCGACAACAACCUCUUCCCACUGGACGUCGUCAGCCCAGCCAAGUUUGACAACCUGUACUUCAAGAACAUCCUGGCUGGCAAGGGCCUCCUCAGCUCUGACGAGGUCCUGCUCACCAAGAGCGCCGAGACAGCGGCGCUCGUCAAGGCAUACGCAGAUGAUGUGCACCUCUUCUUCCAGCACUUUGCACAGUCGAUGGUGAACAUGGGCAACAUCACGCCACUGACUGGGUCACAGGGUGAGAUCAGGAAGAACUGCAGGAGGCUCAACAACUAUCAUUGAAUUACUGAAGCUGCUGUGUGUGCUAAAUUCUGUGUGGAGUUGGUGCCAUAUUUUGUUUGAAUAAGCAAGUGUGGUUGUAAUUUUCAAAAUUACUCAAUCAUUUGUGUUAUGUCAUUGCGAAAUGUGUAUGUAAUAAUAAUUCAAUAUGUAAGAUGAGUCGUUACUUUACUU